GUUCACGCAAAUGAGAGCUCCGACAACGGUUCUCUGCCACUCUUUCUCCAUCUUUACCAGCCGUCUCGAGGUUGUGCCGUUUGUUUCAGAUAUCCUCCAGCUUAGCGGUUGUGUUAUAAGUUGGGGGUCAUGAUGGGUCUCGCGUAUCCCGCUGGUGCUGCAACCGUGUCACUCCUGGUGGUAGGAGGGUACAUGCUUUUUCAUGGGGAUGGUGAAGCUUUUAAUGUUGGCCAAUUUCUCGAGUCCGUCUCUCCAUAUGCUUGGGCAAAUAUCGGAAUUGCGAUGUGUAUCGGACUGUCGGUUGUUGGUGCUUCAUGGGGUAUCUUCCUGACGGGCUCAUCAAUCGUCGGUGGCGGUGUCAAGGCUCCCAGAAUCCGGACUAAGAAUUUGAUUUCUAUUAUUUUCUGCGAAGUCGUCGCUAUUUACGGUGUUAUCAUGGCUAUCGUGUUCUCUUCCAAGCUCAACCUGAUUGACAUGGAGGAGAUCCAGAGUGGCGCCAGUUACUAUACUGGAUACGCGCUCUUCUGGGGAGGUAUCACUGUGGGCGCAUGCAACUUGAUUUGCGGUAUCUCUGUCGGUAUCAACGGUAGCGGUGCAGCACUUGCCGAUGCUGCCGAUCCAAGCCUGUUCGUCAAGAUUCUCGUCAUUGAGAUUUUCAGCUCCGUCUUGGGUCUUUUCGGUCUCAUUGUGGGCCUGUUGGUGGGAGGAAAGGCGACCGACUUUGGCGCAUAAGGCGGUCUUCUCCGCGAGAAGAGCCUGGGAUCAGGACGUGGGGUAUCCGAUUUGUACGACUUCUAUUGUUUCUUUUCUUGGCUUUUUUUUU